ACACGUAAAGAAUGCAGCCAUCUGGCGGCUUGCGGUCCCUGGACUUGCCCCGAAGGUGGGAAGAAAGCCUUUCGGAUUGGGCUAAGGUUUUCAUCUUCGGUGGGAGGCGGAGGGGGUAAGCCGGGCCUUAGGAGCAGUAGUCUCCGAGAACAAAGAAUUACGGAGCACCCACAAGUCAUGAUCUUCUCUAAAGUAGUAUAACAGGGUAAUUCAAACAAGGUUAGGUAGCACAGGACCUUUAAAAAAAAAAUAGUAUCCCACCAACCCGCAUGGCCUCCACAGUUCCGUGGUUUGUGCCAUGAAUCACUACGGCUGUUUGGGCGUUUUUAGUAUGGAAACUAAUCAGCAACAAAAAGUGAUGAGGUUGAAAUUGGGAAAAGAUUAAACACCUAUUCGGACAGGUGUUCUUGAACACCACUGACAACACAGUUCUGACAGUAUUUCAUGACAUUUGAACCAAGACAUUGUCUAUUGUGGAACUUCUGUGAGACAUCAAAGACAUCAAAAUUUGCAGCAGGGUUUGAUUGGAAUAUCAGCAGGAGAGCUGAUAGCCAAGCGAUGGAGAGAGGUGAUUUCAAGAUGGAUGGUGAUAGCUCUACAACAGAUGCUUCUCAACUGGGAAUUUCUGCAGACUAUAUUGGAGGAAGUCAUUAUGUUAUACAGCCUCAUGAUGAUACUGAAGACAGCAUGAAUGAUCAUGAAGACACAAAUGGUUCAAAAGAAAGUUUUAGAGAACAAGAUAUAUAUCUUCCAAUUGCUAAUGUGGCAAGGAUAAUGAAAAAUGCCAUACCUCAAACAGGAAAGAUUGCAAAAGAUGCCAAAGAAUGUGUUCAAGAAUGUGUGAGUGAGUUCAUAAGCUUUAUAACAUCUGAAGCAAGUGAAAGAUGCCAUCAAGAGAAACGCAAGACAAUCAAUGGAGAAGAUAUUCUCUUUGCCAUGUCUACCUUAGGCUUUGACAGUUAUGUAGAACCUCUAAAAUUAUACCUUCAGAAAUUCAGAGAGGCUAUGAAAGGAGAGAAAGGAAUUGGUGGAACGGUCGCAGCUACAGAUGGACUGAGUGAGGAGCUCACAGAGGAGGCCUUUACUAACCAGUUACCAGCUGGUUUAAUAACUGCAGAUGGCCAACAACAAAAUGUUAUGGUUUAUACAACAUCGUAUCAACAGGUACAACAUCGGCCAGCCCUCAAGGUGUGUGAACUGAAACGACAGCACCUUCAAGCCGGUAAGAGCGCUCUCCGGUUGUUAGCUCCUGGGUGUCUGGCAGAGGAUCGCGAGACUGAAGUAUGGACUGAAAAUUCAAGGAUCGCGAUUUCAGUCCAUACUUCAAGUAAUUCCUUACUUCCCAAGAAAACCAAACAGGGCAGGCUAAAAGAGGUAGACGAGGCCCAGCAGCAAAAGGCCCGAAACCCAUCCCCAGGAAAUGAGGAAGUAGAAAGUGUGUUCUCCAGGUCCCCUCUGCCCAACUGGGUCUAA